AUGGCGCCGAUCGACUUCCUUGCCGACAAGAAGGCCACCAAGCGGCAAGAGGAGUUCGAGGAGAAACUCUGCAACGUUAUAGAGGACGUCGUCGACUUCGUAGUCGAGCAGCUGUCGUGGGCCGAAGCAGGCCAAUACAAUGCCUGCUACACAGGCAGAUACAACAUCAGCCUUGACAUCAGCCGGCUCGAUGGCGAAGCCCGCGUCAUCAUCCGCUUCCCUAUCCCUGGCCGCGUCUACGGCCCCUGGCGCGACGAGAAGGUCAGGAAUGAGGCAAUGACUUUGCUGUACCUGGCCGAGCACACCACGAUUCCUGUCCCGCAUCUGCUCUCGUGGGGCCUCAGCGACCAGAGUCUUCACGACCUGGGCCCGUUCCUCAUCACGGAGUACAUGUAUGGAGAAGACCUGGAGACGAUCCUCAAGAAGGACGAGUUCUCGGAUAUCGUCGACUCCGCAGCCGGCAAUGCAAAGCUCAACACGAUCUACGAGCAAGUUGCGGGAUACAUGGUCCAGCUCUCGCGCCUGGAGUUUCGGAAAAUCGGCGCCGUCUCCCGCGACCAAACGGACCCAAAUGCCAAGUGGGAUGUUACGGGGCGCCCGUUCACACUAGACAUGAACGCCGCGAACACCAUCGGCAGCCACCCACCGCAGCAGUUCGCGCGCAAACCAUUCAGAGACGCAGCCGAGUACCUCGCCGACCGCGCCAGAUGCUACCAGAUCCACGUCAAAGCGCAGCGCAACACGGCGCAGGACAGUCUCGGCAGCGACCCCGGCACGGCGGCAUGGAGCCACCUCGAGGCGCGCUGGCGGUUCGGGCGCGCCAUCGAGGCGUACGGCAUCGAGGCGUGCGGGCCGUUCCGCCUGUUCUGCGACGACCUGCACCCGCGCAACAUGCUCGUCGACCCCAAGACGCUGCGCAUCACGGCGGUGCUCGACUGGGAGUUUACGAAUGCCAUGCCCGCGCAGUACGCCUACGACCCGCCGAGCUGGCUGCUGCUGCGCGAGCCCGCGGCCUGGGCCGUGGAUGGGGAUGUUGACGAAUUCAGGCGGCUGUACGUCCCGCGGCUGAACCAGUUCGUCCGCGCUGUCGAGCGUGCUGAGCAGGCGGACCCGCCGACGGGAGACCAGCCGUGCCUCUCUGCACGGAUGCGCGAGGCUUGGGGCUCGCGCCGUUUCUUUUUCAACCUGGCCUCGCGGGAUAGCUUUGGUGUUGAUGAGAUAUACUGGGAGGUGCUCCAUGAUCACGCGAGUGAUGCUUAUAUCCGAAAGAAGAUUGAGCAGCUGAAGGAGUACGAGGCUGACGAGCGCGAGGAGCGGGAACGGGAGCGGGAGCGGGAGCGGGAGCGGCAGAAGGGGUUUUGA